ACGGGAGCGAAAGAGACAUCAAGCGAACGAAGCGAGACGGAGCGCACGUGCUGUCAAAACGUCAAAACGGCGAUUCAAAGUGUUGUCGAAAAUGUGAACCGCUUUCGCGUCCUUGCAUUCGUUUACCUGGAAAUUCUGGUGUACCUGUUUGUUGUGUUUGCCUUUCGACUGUUUGAGCUUGGCAGAGAGCUACCCCUUGUGCGAAGUGCGUCUCGCGAGGAAACGAUCGAACGAAUAGUUUUACCCACGCCACGACGAUCGCCUAGCCCCCAUAAUUACGAUGCACAAAGUCACAACGGCACCAAAGACCGUUAGUAGCAGCAGCAGCAGCAGCAUCAGCAGUAGGCUGUCGACGGCUGGACCACCGGUACGGAAGGAGUGCGAAUCGAGCUCGUCCGAUGAGGACGGGUACCUGUCGCCGUUCAACGGAUCGGACGACGGAAGUGGAGUGGCGGAGGGUAGCCUGCUCGACGAAAUGCCACCAUUCUCUGCCUGCUCGAUGUCGCCCUCGGCCCGAUCACUGUCACCGAUCGAGCUGGAACCGUUUGAAUCGCCCACCUCGACACCGAAGUCCGGUCGCAGCUGCUACUCGGGCUGCAGCACGCCGCUGUACGGGAUGACGCCACCACCACCAGCACCAGCCGCCAGCACCACCGGCAACGGUCAGCAGCCGGCCGAAGGGUAUGUAACGCUGGACGAAAUACAUGCCCGCAUCGGACUGACCCCGCCGGAUGGGAACGUUAGCCGGAGUCGGCUGAAUUUGGAAACCAUCUUCGAGGGCGUGUUCCUGGAAACACCACCAAAGAAAGAGUUCCAGUCGAAGGGGAAUCUGUUCCGCCGGUCCAUACGGAACCGGGCGCUGCUGUUCGAGAAGGUGGAGCAGCAGUGAAAAGCAUGCAUGGCCCUAGGAAUAGGAUAAGCGCAGAUGUGUUAUGCAUUUUAGAUAGUGGAAUACUGUUUUACGAUUUGAAAUUUCGCCAACGUUUGCAAUAGAAAAGCUGUUGCAGAGAGGGAACAGGUUGUUGUUAUUUCGUAGGAACCACUGCAGAAGCGAGUAGGGAGGGUAACGGAGAAGAUACCACCAUGUGGGUCAGGUUUAUUCCAAUCGUAGGAAAAAUACUUUAUAAGCAACCACAGGGGAACGUCGUGCCUUUUUCGUGCGACUUUGCUCACGAAAUGUAUGAUAGGGACUGUAGCAACCGAUCAAGGAGCGCAGGAAUUCAAUAAAUUUUAAAUCCAAGUA